AUGGCAAGUUCGGCUGAUGCAUUACUCGCACGCCAGGAAAACCUUCAAAACGCUACAAAAAAUGCUUUGGCAAACCUUACUAAGUUGGGCACAGCAAAUUAUUCUAACGCCGUUAUCACAGUUCGUAUGGAUAGCCUGGAUACGAAUUGGAAGGAAUUCAAAAACAAUCAUCUUACUCUUCUUAGCCUACAAGAAAAUCUAAGCGAGCAGGAUUAUAUCAAAAACGAUGUCUACGCAAAAACCGAGGAAUUUUAUCUGACUGCCCUUGCCACUAUGCUGUCGCUUCUCGAGACUUAUCCUGCGCCGAUACUUCCGACUGCCGCAUCGUCUUCUCAAGCUCCGUCAGCACCUACGUCAUCUUCGCGCAAACUGCCCGAGAUCAAGUUGCCGACCUUCACGGGUGACUACAAGUUGUGGCCAGAGUUUCGUGACUUGUUUAUUUCUGGCGUUUCUUCCAGCUCGUUAUUAAACAACGUUGAAAAGUUGUUUUAUUUAAAAUCGAGUCUGGCCGGAGACGCAGCUGAGCUCGUCCGCGGCAUCUCUCUCGAGGGUGACAAUUUUCAACGGACUUGGGACGCGCUGAAGGAUGCAUUUGAGGUGCCACGCGUGCAAGUUGAUGCACUAUUAAAAGGCUUCUUCUUGAUGAAGUGUGUCAGUGGUGAGGAUGCGGCAGACCUCCGUCGGAUCCUUUCAACCGCCAAAAAUCUUGUCGAAGGCCUUAAAAAUCUUAAACGGCCAACAAUUUCAGACGACGUCUUAGUUUAUAUCCUUGCAAAUAGACUGGACGCCGUAACACGUCGCGAUUGGGAAAAAUCGCUCGAAACUUCGAGAGAGCCAGCUGCAUUCAGUCAGCUGACUUAG